AUGUCACGGGAUACGAGACAAGCUGAAGUACAAAAUAGCAUACCGAGGAAACUGACACAGGAACAAAAGCUAUAUCGGUACGAGUAUCCAGUGCGGGUCAAAAGAUCACCGGCUCCCGUAGGGGAAGUUCUACAGACACCAUCACAAGCAUCGGUUGCCAUCGAGCAGGUACAGGAACAAGAGCAACAAGUAGAGGAGGCGGAGGUAGAAGAGUGUGAAGUAGCAGAAGAGUGUGAAGCAGCAGAAGAGCGUGAAGUAGUAGAAGAAGACGAAGAAGAGGGCAAUGAAACAUAUUUCUCGGAUAAUGAUUCAGUAGAAGAGCAGGAAGAAGAAGACAAUUCCAAUGAAAGUGAUAACUUGCCUGGAGCGGAGGCCUCCUGGCCUCCGCGGGUGCCUCAGGCACCGACGACGACGACUAGCUCGUCGUUUCAGCGAUUUGAAUUGGUCAAAUUGGUCAUUAGCGGUCUACGAUGCUACGACGAUGACGACUGUAGACCUCCGAUCGGGUUGAUCAGGCCCUGUGGAUGA